UGUUGUGUCUGUGUGAUUCCGUUUGUUGAUGGUACAUGGCCGCUGUUUUUGUGGCAGAGAUUAUAUUUAAUAGUGGAUGGUAAUUCAGGUAAUAGAAUUUUCAGUAAAUAUAUAUUCUAUUUUAUAUUGUAGAUGAUAGCAAUUUGAUAAUAUUGUACAUUUAUAGAUAACCCACAUGCAUACAUAACCUCAAAUUAUGCCGAAAUCCCGCUCUUCGUUUUAUCGACAUAAUGUGGGUGGUAGUAUUAUUUCAAAAAGAAAACUCUCUUGCUGUAAUACCAAAAUGUUGGUUAAUGUUUGACAAUGAUAAAUGCUACUGGCCUCCAGUACCAGACGUGUCGAAUUACGUCUGUAAGUGCAAAGAGCCGGAUGGUAACUGGCAUGUAUUUGGGGUAAGAGUUUUAAACAAUGGAAAAGUGUAUGACAAUUAUUUGAAAGCACGGGCAGCUGCUCGUGCCGCAGAAAACACGUCAGAUAUAAAUACAGAAUCUGAAGAUCAAAAGAAAAGGAAACGGAAACCAAAAAAAAUUUAUAGUGAUUCUUCUUCUGAAGAUGAUGAUAUUAGCGUCUAUUCCAAGGCUGCAUUCCCACCUUUGCCCAAUGCCCCAACGCGUUUUGCUUCCUGUUCAUCGUCAGAACCAAGAAGUGCAAUCUCACAAAGUUCCUCCGAGUUAAACAAAAACGACAUUUCUUCUUCUGUUUCUAAAGAAACUCUCACAGAUGUGUCCCCGUCUACUUCACAAUCCCAAAGACUGAUUGAAAAAACUUCAGAUGAUUUUUUGCACCGACUGCGACACCAACUUUCUGUCAUGAAUUUUAAAAUCAACAAUAUACAAAGUGACAUGACAACUAUCAUAGAUCUGUUAAGGAAAACACAAGAAGUGAACUCAGGCCAAAGUGACUUUAAUUAUGAACCAUUACCCUUGCAAACUUUGCAAUCACUAAACGAAUUUGAGGACUAUUUGCAAAUUGAGGACAAUUUCAAAAAAUUUACUUUGUUUGUUCAGAAAAUUGGAGGUUCGUCCAUAUAUGAAUGCGUGAAGAGGGUGCUUAGAAGAGUUAUGGUUGACGAAUUAGCGACAAAAUUCUCAUGGAACGGCAAACGACAGAAGCGGGCUUUUGAAGGAUUGAAUAUACAAAAAGGAUUAACAAGUGGAAUUCAAGCAAACGUUACCACAAAAAACUGUUCAGAGAAGGAUGUGGAAGCUUCCAUUAAAAGUUGGUUACGCCAUGCGAAAUCAAGAAUUAAAAUUUGAUUAAGUAAUACGUGAUACCAAAAAAUAUUCAUUCGUUAAUAGUUUUUUUUUAUAUAUAUAUAAUCAUUUCAGUUAUUAUAGAAAUAGGUAUUUUAUUUUUUAGAUUAUUCAUAUGAAAUAUUUUUGUAAUAUAUACUUACUAAUUAAAGAAAAAAUUAAAA